GAUUCUGACUUGGACAAGACUGACAGUGAACUCUCUAAACUACAAAAUGCUGCUGCUAAAAAGAUCCCACUUUCAUUAGAAGAUCUUCUUCGCAAAAAAACUGAAGAAAAAAAUGCUGUCAUCAAGCCAGUAUUUCUUUCCAAAGAAGAACGAGCUAAACUUGCUUUGGAGCGUCGUCAGAAACAGGUCCAAGAACAACGCGCAAUACAGGAUCAGGAGCGUCGUGAUACUGCAACCUUUUUUUCUCAAAAGGAACCCAGUGUAUCAACUAAUUUAAACACUAAAUACGAAAAGAAUAGUCGUUUGGAUCGUAGAGGAUCUACUGAGCCAAAUAGUCGCAGAGACCGGGAUUCUAGAGAUCGAGAUGCUGAUAGAUCUGGUCGAUCCAUUCGAGAUGAAAAAAAUGGACGAAGCGAAAAAGGUCGUAUUGCUGACAAAGAAACUGAUGGCUCCAAGGAUAAGCAUAGAUCAAGCGUCAUGGAGGUCAAUCCAAAAGAGGGCUAUAUUAUUUUGGAAGAAAAGGAAAUGGCUGCAAUUAGAGAAAGAUAUAUGGGAACUGAACGCAAAAAAAGAAAGAUUCGUCGAAUGAAUGAGAAAAAGUUUGUUUUUGAUUGGGAUCAAGGCGAAGAUACAUCCAAAGAUAUCAAUCCCAUCUAUGCAAACCGACAUUCUGCUCAGCUAUUUGGUCGUGGACUGAUUGCUGGAAUUGAUAUCAGAGCACAAAAAAAAGAACGUGCCUCAUUCUAUGCCAAUAUCGUACAAGACCGUCGGUCUGCAGCCGAGCUUGAUCGUGCCAAGUAUUUGAUUGAGCUUCAGUCUCUUAAAGAUCGCAGGGUUGCUUUUGAUGAACGGCAUUGGUCAGAAAAGAAGCUGUCGGAAAUGAAAGACCGCGAUUGGCGUAUUUUCAAGGAAGACUUUAGUAUCUCUACAAAGGGUGGAAAUAUUCCCAAUCCACUGCGCACCUGGGAUGAAUGUGAAUUGUCCGAAACCAUUCUUGGUGCAAUUUCUCGAAUUGGAUACAAAGAACCAACUCCCAUUCAACGACAAGCUAUUCCGAUGGGACUACAGAAUCGUGAUAUUAUUGGCAUUGCUGAAACGGGUUCUGGAAAAACAGCAUCGUUUGUGAUUCCCAUGCUCAAAUUUAUCACCGAAAUGCCACCACUGACAGAAAUCAACUCAUCACAAGGUCCUUAUGCGCUUAUUCUGGCACCGACUCGUGAACUAGCACAACAGAUUGAAUCAGAAACAUCAAAAUUUGCUAGAGAGAUGGGCUUUAUUUGUGUAUCUAUUGUUGGUGGUCACGCUGUAGAAGGACAAGCAUUCAAUCUUCGCAAUGGUGCACACAUUGUCAUUGCUACUCCAGGUCGUCUUCGCGACUGUUUGGAACAACGCAUCCUGGUUCUCAGCCAGUGCACAUAUGUAGUUAUGGACGAGGCUGAUCGUAUGGUGGACAUGGGAUUUGAACCAGAUCUCAAGUUUAUUCUUGAUGCUAUGCCUGUGUCCAAUAUAAAACCCGACUCUGAUGAAUCGGAAAAUGUGCAGCUUUUGAGAGAGCUUACUGGAAAGGUCACACCGUUUAGACAAACUGUCAUGUUUUCUGCAACAAUGCCUGUUGCUGUUGAAAGACUGGCCAAGGCGUAUCUUCGUCGUCCUGCAACAGUCACGAUUGGUAUUGCUGGUCAAGUUGUGGAUCGUAUUGAACAGCGCGUAGAAAUGAUCAACGAUGAUGGUAGAAAGUUGUCUAGGCUUCAGGAAAUUUUGACCAGCCGACAGUUUGAACCUCCAAUGAUUGUCUUUGUAAACCAAAAGAAGGGAUGCGAGGUCAUUGCACGAGCAUUAGAUCGUCUAGGACUCAAAAGCACAACCCUGCAUGGUGGAAAAUCUCAAGAGCAGCGUGAAGCCUCAUUACUAGGACUCAAACAGGGAACAAAAGAUAUUCUUGUGGCCACUGAUGUUGCUGGUCGUGGUAUUGAUGUCAAGAAUGUAUCUGUUGUAAUCAAUUUUGACAUGGCGAAAAGUAUUGAAGACUAUACUCAUCGUAUUGGUCGUACAGGACGAGCAGGUAAAAAGGGUACGGCAAUUACCUUUUUGAGCAAUUAUGACACCGAUGUCAUGUAUGAUCUUCGCCAAAUGAUUCUCAAAUCGCCCAUUUCCAAAGUACCUCCUGAACUAUCCAAACACGAGGCAGCACAAACUAAGCCCGGGAUUUUCAAGGCAAAACAAAGAGAAUAAACUUGAUAGGUUUCCC